AUUGGAUCGUCUGGCUGGACAGCGGGCAUCGGGUCACCAGGCAUCAGGCAUUGGAUCGUCUGGCUCGACAGCGGGCAUCGGGUCACCAGGUAUGACAGCGGGCAUCAGGCUGGGUACAGGCAUCAGGCUGGGUACAGACCUCAGGCUGAAGUGCGGGUGCCGAGGCACCAGGCUGAACCACAGAAGGCAGGUUCUCAGACGGCAGGCUCACCGGUUUUGGAUACUGGCAGGAUGGUAUUGGUUGGAAAGAAUUUUCGCUUUUUUCUGGUUUUAACUACUGGAGCACUGCAAGUAAACGCAGGUCUGCAAACGAAUGGAGCAGCUGGAGACAGAGAAGAGCUGGAGGAUGGAACAGGGGAGGGAGCAGUUGCUACAGAGGGCUUUUUUACAGGGUUAAAGGCAGGAUAGGUGCAGCGAGUGGGAACAGGGUACUGACAUGCGGUAGAUAGCAGGGCA